AUGAGGUUUGGAAGCAUCGUUUUAUUCGUGGCGCUCUGCUCUUUUAGCGCUUAUUAUAUUUAUGAGCCCGUUCCCGAGGAGAUCGAGGAGAGAUGGAAACUCAUGCUCACCAACUCCUUCUUCAGAAGUCUCAGCCACCUGGCAGACCUCAGUGAAUUACUGGGGCUGAAGGACUACAUGGGGGUAAUGUACUUCAUCACUCUGGCUGAAAAGGUUGUGCCUGUGUCUGACAAGCAUGUCAAGGUGACAGAGGAGAAAUUUGAUGGAGUGGAGGUGGUGCUGUACCAGCCCAAGCAGAGAGGCGGUGACGCUGAGCUCAGGAGAGCUGUCAUAUACCUGCAUGGUGGAGGAUGGUGUCUGGGUAGCUCCAGGAUGAGUCCAUAUGAUCUCCUGGCCAGAAAAAUUGUCACCGAGCUAGAUGCAGUGGUUCUUUCAGUAGAGUACAGACUUGCCCCUGCUCACCACUUCCCUGUCCCAUAUGAGGACGUAUAUAGUGUUGUCAAACACUUCCUCCAGAAGGGGGUGCUGGCCCGAUACUCUGUGGACCCAGGACGCAUUGCUGUGUCUGGGGAUAGUGCUGGAGGGAACCUGGCAGCUGCUGUCUCGCAGCAGUUACAAAAGGAGCCUGGACAGCAAGUUCAUUUGAAGGCCCAAGCACUCAUUUACCCCGUACUGCAGGCUCUGGAUCUCAACACGCCUUCCUAUCAGCAGAAUCAGGACAUGCCCAUUUUGCCCCGCACCCUCAUGGUGCGUUUCUGGAGUGAGUACUUCACUAGCGACAAGGCCCUUUUCAGAGCCAUGAUGGCCAACACUCACAACAACCCCGAGUCUUCCAGCCUGCUGAAGUUUGUCAACUGGAGCGCCUUUCUGCCAGAAACAUAUCAUAGAAAAUACAACUACAGUGCUCCCUCUGUGGUGCAAGAGGGAGAGGGAGUUGGGAUGGACGGACCUUCUCGAUCUAUUGCCGACCCGAGGGCAUCACCCCUGCUGGUUCCCGACUCAGCCUUACGCUCUCUGCCCAAGGCCUACAUCCUGACAUGUGAGUAUGAUGUUCUCCGAGAUGACGGGAUCAUGUAUGUCACACGGCUCCGUGCUGCUGGUGUUGAGGUGACGCAUGAACACUACGACACAGGAUUUCAUGGAGGGCUGAUGUUCACCGUGUGGCCAACUGACUUCCUGAUCGCACGUCGCAUGACAGACAACUAUAUCAAAUGGCUGGAGGAAAACUUGUAAAAAACUCUGGACUAUCAAUAUUCAUUCCACAUUCCAACAUACAAUGCACCAGUGUUUGGUUAGGUGCAUUUUUUUCCCCUUC